AUGGAGAUGGAGGCAUUCAAUGCCGUUGUCAAGCGGGACACUUGCUCCAGCGGCAAUGAUUACAACGGUCACAUGGGCCUGCGAAUCUCCUCUAUCUUCGUCAUUUGCAUCGGAUCGACAUUUGGUGCACUUUUCCCCGUCGUCGCCAAGAGGUUCAGCAAGCGGGGAGGUGCCCCCUCAUGGGCCUUUUUCAUUGCUAAAUACUUUGGUUCUGGUGUGAUUAUCGCGACCGCUUUCAUCCAUCUGCUGGCCCCAGCUGAGGAAGCAUUGACCUCCGAUUGUUUAACUGGUAUCAUCACGGAAUACAGCUGGGUCGAGGCCAUUGUUCUCAUGACAAUUGUGGUUCUGUUCUUUGUGGAAUUGAUGGUGAUGCGAUUUGCUCGAUUUGGUACGGGUCACCUGCACGACGAAGAGGGACAUUCCCAUGUCCAGAUCGAGGCUGCGGUCCCAAUUACCCAGGAAGUGAGCCAGAGCAAGAACUAUCUUCCGGGAGAAGAUCAUCUGGGUCACACACGUGAGCACCAUGAUGCCGACGAUUCCGAGAAAGAAAGACAGGCUAUCGAGGACUACACUGCCCAGCUUACAUCAAUCUUCAUUUUGGAGUUCGGCAUCAUUUUCCAUUCGGUUUUCAUUGGCCUCACCCUCGCUGUGACCGGAACUGAAUUCAUCACUUUGUACAUUGUCCUCAUUUUCCACCAGACUUUUGAGGGCUUGGGUCUUGGCGCCCGUCUUGCCCAAGUACCUUGGCCCAGAUCCAAGCGCUUUACACCCUACAUACUUGGUUUAGGCUUUGGCUUGUCGACUCCCAUCGCCAUUGCCAUUGGUCUUGGUAUUCGUCAGAGCUACCCACCGAACUCGGCCAAGACACUAAUUGUCACCGGCGUGUUUGACUCCAUCUCCGCUGGUAUCCUCAUUUACACCGCUUUAGUCGAGUUGAUGGCGCAUGAGUUCAUGUUCAGUACAUCCAUGCGCCAGGCUCCUAUUCGCGACGUGCUUCUCGCCUUCCUGUUGUUAUGUAUGGGAGCUGCCCUCAUGGCGCUGCUCGGUAAAUGGGCAUAA